AUGAAGUUCACUCUGAUCUCCUCUGCCCUCUUCCUGGCCACCACUGCCAUGGCCUCCCCAGAUGGUAUUGAUGUGAACUCAAUCGUCUCCGACAUUGAAGGUAUCUACUCAACUGCCGUCAGCGGCGGCCAAUCUAUCGGAUCCGAAAUCGCCUCCAAGGCCACCUCUUUCGCCGAAGCCGUGAGCACCGGCGGAGCCGCCGCCAUCUCAUCCAUCGAAAGCGAAGCUUCUGCCGCUGCCAGCGAAGGCCGCUCUAUCGGUUCUGAAAUCACCAGCCGGAUUGCCACUGCUGUUUCUGCUCAGACUACUCUUACCGACUCUGCCGGCUCCGCCACCGCUACCGAGUCCACUACUAUCACUAGCGCAAUCUCCACCACGUCUCCGUCCGGUACUUCCGGCUCUUCCUCCACCUCUGACAAUGCCGCCUUCGCUCGUCCCACUGCUGUCGGUGCUUUUGCUGCUGGUAUGGCCGGUGUCCUCGGCCUCAUGGUUGCACUGUAA